AGAGUGGCUGGUCCCCCAAGCCGACACCCGGGCCCGAUGCCCACGCACUCCUUCGACGACAAAACACUCUCCCUGAGGGCUACCUCCUGGCGCCAGACAAUACUUGCGGCUUUAUAAGUGCCAACCCAAUCGGCCUAUGCGUGCCUUGGAGAUGGCAUGACCUGCGCCUUCGCCCCAUCCUCGGGCAGGGUGCCGGGCGCUGCGGGCUGCUGCAGUGGAAGCCAAUGCGCGUUCCGCCUGGCUUGCUUUGACAAUCGCGAGAUGGAUGACUGUGAUGAUGACUGCCAGGCUGAUGCCAUGACGCUGAAAUGCACCGGAGCAGCGAAGUUCUGCAACACCGUCGCCUUUCCCGGAGGAGUGACUGACUACUUCUGUGGCACCAAGCGGGCGGUAGAGUACAAAGCUCAGACGACCAACAGCGAUGACACAACUAGGAGCAUGUCAACAGUCAAGUCAACUACCAGUACUACUUCGACCUCCAAGAAGACCUCGACAACUACUACUAAGUCGUCGUCGUCGUCAUCAUCCUCGUCAAAGUCAAGCUCGACUACCAAGUCAUCGACGUCUUCAACUUCGUCAGAAACAUCUACUUCCAGCACGGAGUCCUCCACCGCCGAGGCGUCCACCACCGACGCGUCCAAUACUGACCCGUCCGCCACCGAGACUCCGGUGAUGACUUCCUCUGUGAGCACUACAAGCGACACUGCGGUUGCUGGCGCUGCGACUGUCUCAACGACCCCGGCGACUUCCGAUGCUCCAUCCACCCCUGUCGGUGGAAUCGUAGGAGGCGUGGUUGGCGGCGUUGCUGCCAUCGCCCUGAUCAUCCUAGGCACCUUCUUCCUCCGUCGGCACAAGAAGAAGAACGACGCCGAUGCGGCCGCUGCAGUCCAGCCACCAGGGUCCUUCAUGUCAGAGCCUACGAUUCCGCCCGUCGCCACUUACGCUCAACCGGCAGCCUCUCCCCGCGGACCCGCAUACAACUCCUCCGCUCCUUACCAAUCUUCCGCCAGCGCACCCUCAGCGCACAUGUACGCCACACCAGCAGCGGCGGCGGCAGCAGCAGCCCCAGUAAGCGCUUUUAGCUCCUACAAGAACAACAACAGGAGCAACAGCGCCCACUCUAGCGGGGCCUACUACCCCGAGCCAAGCCCCCUAACGACCCCUAGCGGCAGUCCCCGACCGCAAUACCAGCACCAGCCUCACGCACCGUCACCGGUCGUGCCGCCUGCCUACUAUCAGCAACACGACCGCUCCUCGAACCAAUCUGCCACCUGGACGGGCGCCGAACCACUCGACAGACGCUCCACGACCACUCCGGUCUCGACCUACCACGGGGCAACACCCGUGACGCCGGUAUCUGCGCUGGGCCCGAUGCCAGGGGAACAAGGCACCGGUAGCGGAAGUGGCGGGAUGCCGGGCGUGCCGCUUAUCUUGCAGCCGGGGAUGGGAUACCGGCCCUAUAGGCCCCCGUCUUCCGCCACCACUGGGACUGGGCCGGGGCGGCCAGCGACGGCGGGAAGCGGCACUGGAGGUAGGGAUCGCAAUGACAGUAUUAGCGAGCUACCUGCGGUCGGGGUGGCGAAGGCGGUUUCGAUUUCGAGGAAGCCUGUCGCACGGUCAACGUCUGGCUCGAAACCCCAACAGGUGGCGCCUAGGCAAAGCGAGGGCUCAGCGGUCGAGGCUAUGGCGCCGGGGAAUGCGCAGGGCGAGGGACAUGGGACGGCUGCUGAGCUACCAUGACGGACGGGGAGGAGAUUGAUUUUGCGUGGACAUGAUGCCUCCUAUACCUAUGAUUUGCGCAGCUCCAGCGUUUAUCACGAAGCACGGGGUCGCUUGGAGCUCGGUGCAC